AUGCGUGUAUUGACACGAUUGUACACUGGAAACCAUAUAUGCCUUCACUAUGGUGAAGUUGAUCAUCCUGACCUCGUUGGUAGCCCAGACAAGCUUGUCACUGUUAUGUUCUCCUCUGACUUUUCAGUGGACAGCGUUGUAUUUAUUAUCGCACCUUUAUUCCAGUGUGAUACGGUGGCUGAAGACCGUGAACUAGCCAGCGUAAGUAUGCAUAUGACGCUCAUGAAGAGUGUGUAUGAUGCCGAUUUGAUUGAUCCGAUAGAGCUUGACCUGGCUUUAUAA